GUGUACCCUCUGACGACGGGUCAGUCGUCGAGGUCUCUGCCGUACUACGUAGCGGAGGUUGUGCCGCUCGCAAUGUUCCUGACGGACGACGCAUUGCACGGGCUGAUCGUGGAGGCCCGCAUCGAGGUGGCGUCCUUGCAGGAGUCUGAGCCCGAUCGCCACACGCCAGCAGGCCCGUCAUACUGCCUGUCGGUGGAUGGCCGCCAGCGCCCGCCCCGUCGCCGCCGUCCCCAGGGCGAGCAGGUGAGGCUCGCCGGCAAGGAAAGCAACCCACCUGUCGCCGACGCGGGUGCGGGAACCGCCGAGUCACCUGGCGGCGCCGGGUACGCGGGCGGCAGCAUGCUGGCCGCCGACGGCGAGCGUCAUCGCUGGCUGGCCAGCAAGCCUGGUCGGAUCGGGGAGUUGGGAAUCCCUGUGCUGCACGCAUACGUCAUGAUCGGGGUGGGUGACCGCAGCGUCGCCGACAUCGACGGCGAGACAAUGCCUAUGCGGAGCGCUUCUGGGAUCAACGUGGCCGACUACGCGACCAUGAAGACCUCGGCCUACGAGGUGGCGGUUCGCUACGUCGGCGGCGCGCCCAUCUACUUCGGGCGGCGUGUUGAGAUCGUGCCGAGCCGCGCGCCUUCCCACGGCGAUGGAUCCGAGCCGACCGCCCCUGCAGACGCCGCCGAUCCGAGCGACGUUCGCACUUCGUGGGAGGACACUGACGCCAUGAACGACCCGCUCAAGUCAUGGCGUAAUGAGGUCAUGGAGAGCUACCCCACUGUGUGGACCGACAGCCCCGUGGAGGCGCGGGCCUACCCGAUGUUUAUCCCCAGUCACUCUGAUCGGCAUGGCGACAUCGUCAGGAGGUGCCUUGACCUCUGGUCUCGCUCGAAGAUUCUCUGGCCGCACGAGCAGGUCAUACACGAGAGCUCCGCCCCCUACGAGGUCAUCUACGAGGGGGGCUCCUACGACCAGCUCAACAAGCCGUCGCUGUUCAUCUUCGA